AUUGCAUUGUACUAUGGUUCCCAGUUAAUCUUGUUGCUGUAACAUAAAGGCUUUAAUAGCGUGUCGCGUUUUAAUCUAAUACCAAUAAAAAAAACUCCAGAAUGCAAAUUUAAUUCUUCCAGUUUUUAGUUUUGGUCUGUUGCACACUGUGCUGCGUAUAACCUAACCUAAUCGCGCUCUGUCGCCUAACCUAAAAACUGCGGCGAAAUUAUUUAAAACCUCGAACGACUGCAAUUAUUGUAAAAUGGGGACGUCGGUCGACUUCAAAAGCUGGCUGGUCGUGAAACUGCGCGAACUGAACACGGACGAGACCGUAUUCGGGUCCUACAUUGAAGGUAUUUUGGACUGCGACGAGACUAGCGAGGAGAAGUCCGAAGCCCUUCGCGGGAUACUCGCCGAAAUCGUGGAAAACGGCGUGGAAAUCGGCCAGAUCUGCGAGGAAAUCCUAAUCAAGUGGCAGUCGCUGAAGGCGGAGGCGCCGCCUCCGCCGAUAUCGAACGUGAACAUCGACGAGAAACUGGCGAAGCUGAUGGAGCGCGAGUUACCCACCGCCAAACAAAAACAGUAUACGGAGGAAGAGAAGAAAAUCAGGGAGGCGAUCCUUUCUCAGUACGGGCAGAUGACUGAUUCGGAAGACGAGGAACAAGUCGAGGGCACCUCCAAGGAGAGCGACCUAGAAAAAAACGUCAACGCGCAGCUGGUCGCGGACGCCGAGAAAUUAAAAAGGGAGCAGGCUCGCGCCGAUUGCCAGAAGAAGAAAGAGAAGGACAAGGAGGAUCGAGAGAAGCAGAAGAAUUUAAAAGAGGAAAAGAAGGAGAAACGCAAGACUCAGAAGGGCGAGAGGCGCAGAUAGCGAUGAUCGGUUUUGCUAGUUGUACAGUGUUUAAAGUUGAUUUUUCAGUGUGGUACGUGUUGUUUUUUUGUGUUCCGUGAUGUAAUCUGUUGGGACUGCCCGUGGGUUUGGUUAGUUGAGCUUAGGGUGGAGGCUUUUGUGGAGCCCCGGAUAGUUGCAUUAAUUUAAAGAAUUAUUUUUGUUACAAAUACAGAUAAUGCUUUUUUUUCGGUUAUUUUUCAAAAAUUUGGAGUUAUUACUCAAUCCGCUCUUUUUAAGCUAUCGGAUGCUGCCUACCGAGCGGAUUGUGUUGUCGCUAGAUGGCGUCUUGAGAUAUGCCUACAAAUAAACAAUUUAUCAAAAACAUUAAAUAUAACUUUUGUUGCAACAAAAGAAAGGCAAAGGUAGAAACCGGAUUUCAAUAUCUGUUUUCUAACCUAUAACCAUUUUGUUUUCUAAGGCAUACCUUGAUCGGAAAUUUUUCAAAUUUUUAAUGUGAGUUAAUUACAAUGGACAUU